GCCUGCACAAAGGGGCAGAGUAGGAGAGAACCAAGAGCGUUAUGAAGAGUGGGAGAAGCGAGAACAAUAUCGGUGUGAUUACCCGUUGUGAACUGGACUGUCGGACUACUCCCCCUUUGGUACCGGACCGGAUUGGCUCAGGACCCGAGUGUGAGGAUUACCCCCGGAAAACGUAACGGACAACGAGAAUGGCUUGUGGACUCUGAGGUGAUUGGUGAAUUCCCCCUUCUUUCCCCGUGUACCGAUAUCCUUAAUAAACUCCCCCUUUUGCAUUCGAUUUGUGCUACUGGUGCAUGUUUUGGUAUUGAACUUGGAAACUUGGUGAUUUGGAAACCCCACACCCUUUGAGCCUGCUACAGUAUGCACACAUGGCGGGUAUUUUCAGAUUUUUCAGGGGGUGCUCCAGCACCCCUACUUCCCGUGGCUAUGGAAGCAACCCAGCUGGCUGGCUUUAGGACUAUGGACUGGGCAUCCACACAGCUCUGCAGAGAACAACACAACUCUUCUCUCAAAACUGUGGAGGAGAUAGAUGGCUAGAUAACUGCUGUUUGACUUGACAUCAAACUAAACUAGAGUUUUUGAUCCCGGUACAGAGCUAGUAAACAGUGCUGGCUGAAACCUUCCCCAGCACUAGACCGCUCCUGAUUUGAGUGAAGGGGACGAGAGUGACGCCUCCUUCUGUGGGACCACCUCAGCGGACAGAACCCCUCCCCCCAUUCUUCCACGGGCCACCAUGGGUGAAGUAGUCAUUGUGAAGGAGGGAUGGCUUCACAAACGAGGAGAGUACAUAAAGACCUGGAGACCCAGGUAUUUCUUGCUGAAGAGAGACGGUACGUUCAUCGGGUACAAGGAGCGACCGCAAGACGUCGACCAACUGGAGACACCACUCAAUAACUUCUCAGUAGCACCAGAAUGUCAGCUGAUGAAGACUGAGCGACCCAAGCCCAACACAUUCAUCAUCCGCUGCCUACAGUGGACCACUGUCAUAGAACGCACCUUCCAUGUGGAGAGCCCAGAGGAUAGGGAGCAGUGGACAAAGGCCAUCCAGGAGGUGGCUGAUGGGCUGCAGAAACAGGAGGAGGAGAGGAUGGACUCCUCACCAGACCCCAUGGACAUGGAGAUGUACCUCACCAAGCCCAAACUCAAAGUGACUAUGCACGACUUUGAAUACCUCAAACUCUUGGGAAAAGGCACUUUUGGGAAGGUUAUCCUGGUGAAGGAAAAAGCAACCGGAAAAUACUACGCUAUGAAAAUCCUCAAGAAAGAAGUGAUUGUGGCAAAAGAUGAAGUAGCACACACUCUCACUGAAAACAGAGUACUGCAGAACUCCAAACACCCCUUCUUAACGGGUCUGAAGUACUCCUUCCAGACGCACGACCGCUUGUGUUUCGUCAUGGAGUACGCCAAUGGAGGAGAGCUGUUCUUCCACCUAUCACGAGACCGUGUGUUCUCCGAGGAGAGGGCCCGGUUCUACGGAGCGGAGAUCGUGUCAGCGCUGGACUACCUCCACUCGGAGAAGAACGUGGUUUACAGGGACCUGAAGCUGGAAAACCUGAUGCUGGACAAAGACGGCCACAUAAAGAUCACAGACUUUGGCCUGUGUAAGGAGGGCAUCAAGGACGGGGCCACCAUGAAGACCUUCUGUGGGACACCAGAGUAUCUGGCCCCGGAGGUGCUGGAGGACAAUGACUACGGCCGUGCUGUGGACUGGUGGGGUCUGGGUGUGGUCAUGUAUGAGAUGAUGUGCGGUCGGCUGCCCUUCUACAACCAGGACCAUGAGAAGCUGUUUGAGCUAAUCCUGAUGGAGGAGAUCCGCUUUCCGAGAACCCUGGGCCCCGAGGGAAAGUCCCUGCUCUCUGGCCUGCUCAAGAAGGACCCCAAGCAGAGGUUAGGUGGAGGGCCUGAUGACGCCAAGGAGAUAAUGCAGCACAAGUUCUUUGCUGGGAUCGAGUGGCAAGAUGUGUACGAGAAGAAGCUGGUCCCGCCAUUCAAGCCCCAGGUCACCUCGGAAAUAGACACCCGCUAUUUUGACGUGGAGUUCACCGGGCAGACCAUCACCAUUACUCCUCCAGGACAAGAUGACAGCAUGGAGUCUUUCGACAGCGACAGGAGACCCCACUUCCCUCAGUUCUCCUACUCUGCCAGUGGGACAGCCUGAACCAAAAACCUAGACUCCCUCUCCUCUCCUCACUCUUAUGGACCAUACUCCUCUCACCCUGACCCCACACAUACCUCUGACCAGAACACAUCCUCACAGGCCAUCUAUGACCUCUUUUCACUUUUUUUAUUUUGCUGUAAUUGUUGGGGCACAUCUCAAUUGUCUAGCGUGGCUUCUUAUCCUGGUCUCCUCUUCAGAUGGACAAUGAGAGAAAGGCCACUAUAAACUAUUGCGAGUCAACCUUGGUGUCACCAGUGUUUCAAAUACCGUACUUGUUGUGCUUAAGGGGAGGUUUCUGUUGCCUGCCAAAAGCAACACACUUGGACACAGUGGUGGUGACUGACCUACUUAAUUCUUCAUGGCAGCAUGAUGCUCCUGUCAAUGAUACGUAUGCCGCUAGCCUCAAAAGAGAAGCACAUUCAUAAGCGUUCUCUGAAAACUAGCUUUUUAAACGGUACACUAUAUAUUUCUCCAAAUGAUUGUCUUUAUAUUUUGAUGGAGCAAAGGGAAACAUCACAGCCUGAUCUGUAGAAAUAGUCCUUCCCAUCUCCAUCUACUAGCCACCACUGCCAUUGUGCUCUGACUCCCAGGUUUUACACGUUUGCGAGAGGUAACACUAAAGCUCCACACCUGGGUUGUGUUCAGUAGGACACCACGAAGCAACAAGUUUUGAAAUAGAAAAUGAAAAUGUGUUCUCAUUGAACAAGUUCCCGUAGCACCUCCUGUUGCCUUCUUCCAUUUCGUGCCUUCUGAGCAUAACCCUGCAGUCUCUCACAUCUCAAAUGUUGAUCCUCCCCAACACACACACCUUCUAGUAGGAGUAAAUGCUGUAGAACUGAAAUGGAGUCUAUGGAAUGAGCCGUCUCCUUUUCUUCAGUGUUACUGGCCUCACCACCUUGCCUAAGUUGUCCUUAGUGACUACAGUACAAUGUAUUGAGAGGACAGUUGGCUCUACUGGAUCGCACCAUCUGUAAAGUGGUGAAGCACAGAGUGGAAUUCACACAAUUAUGUGGUGAUCAUAAAGGACAUUUUUGAUGGGUGUAUUGGCUACAUUAAUGUUUAGUGAAAUAGAUGUUUUCAUGAGAAAUCAUGUGAAUAGCAAUCUUGUUUAUUCCUGUAAAGUUGCUGCUGCAACCACAGUAGGGGAGGUAUUUUUCUGAUACAUUUUAUGGUGAAAUGACUGUGUGUGUGUAGCUUGCAUGCAUGCAUACACACACACACACACACACACACACUUGUUUUUUCAAGAAAGGUCACUCCAUUUACCCCGUGAACAAAUGUUGAGUUGGUCCUUGGUUUAUAUUUUUCUAUCAAAGCUGUAGACGUAUACUUCAAAGUGCAUUGAAAUGAGAAGUAAUAUAACUCGCUUUUUAUAUCUAGCAGAAAAUCAUGCUAGCUACAUGUUGAUAAAAUAAAUCAACUUGUUGAAAACAGAUGUCUUUUUCUACCAGCAUGCCAUUGAAUGCGCACACAUGCAUAGCUUAAACUAUGGAAGAGUCUGAAGCUCACCUGCCUGUAGAGUAAAAAAAAAUGUAAAAACUAUUUACCAACCAAGCAGUUUCUCCACAAAUAUUAUCUAUUAUUGAGAACAGUCACAGUCCGGACGAUGUAUAACAAAACUCAUCAAUGAUCCAGUUCUGGAAAAUAUUCUGAAGACUGUUAGCUUGGAGAGUUUGUGCAAUAACACAGUGCCAUAGUGAGGGGAAAGGAGGGGCAGACAUAACUCACUGGCGUCCUCGUGAGGGCAAUGCCGAAACAAACUAAAUGGUUUGAAAUGAAUAUCUGUCUUAGCUAGAACUGUGACCAAAGUCUUGUUUAGUUUGAGAGACUUACAACCCUACCCUCUGCUUUGUUUUGCCCUGACCCUUAUCGGAGUAGCACCGACUGAAGCCUGGAUAAUAUCAUCGGAAAGGCACGUACUGAGUCCAACCUUGGGAUUGAGUGUACAACAUGAAUUGUGUGAAUGUUCUGCCAACAAAAUGACCUUUUUUGCUGUUAGUUCUCAACAGGUAGCCUAUUCUGUGAUUUGUUUGAGUACAUUUUCUUUUUCUAUUGUUUUGCGAUCCUUUCCGGUUAUUGGAUGUUUUCUCCGCAAUGCUUUUAGCAACAUCUCAGUGACUGUUACAGUACCUUUCAGACAGACUGCUACUGUACAUAGACCGGUACUGUUGCAAGUGAAACACACCAAACAGGCUGUGACUGACUACAAUCGAGGAAGGAUGACCAUUUAAUUUUGUAUGUAUUUUUGUGUGCGCACAAGAUUGUGCGGACAGGUCUGUGAGGGCAACAAUUCAAUGCGUCUCAAUGGUCCUAAUUGAAUCCAAGUGAGGAUAUCUACGUUUAGCUUUAAAAUGAUUGACUGUUCAAGAAUUAAGAGGAUAAUUGACUUUGUCCUUUUCCACCAGAUUCUAGGUUUGUCAAAUGUUAAGGUCUUUAGUUUAGUCUGAAUAUAAAUAGUUUCUAGAGGAAAUUGUUUGAAAUUUCAACAAAACAAUACAAUUGAUAAUUAGUGGUAAAUAAAUUGUCAAUUUAAUGUAAAAACAUAUUUAAUUUUGUCACAUUACAGUUUUGUAUAUAUUUUUUUAAAUCAUUGACCUAAUUGUUGCUUAUCGACAGGUGUUAAGAACAUUUUCAAACUAUUUCUAUUUAAGUUAUUUCAUUCCCUUUGCCCCCUUGGUAGAUGAGAAACUGAACAAUUGAAUGCAGCAGCUUUUGUGAACAAAUAACAUUUUCCCUCACUGUGUGUGGUAUUUUUCAUUGGAAUUCAGAAAUAAAGAUCUUUUUGGGACA